CCGCUGUAACGACCAUUUCAAGAAAGGUCCCUACGACUUUAGAACACCGACGACGGUUGUGGCUUCCUUGUGAAGCAAUUGGUGGGUGGGCCUCUCUUGGUUUCAUCACAGCACAGGAACCAGGGGAGGAGAUUCACAGUAGAAGAAGAGAAUGGCUGGUGGAGGCGAAGGUGUGACGCUAGAGUUCACUCCAACAUGGGUGGUCGCACUAGUAUGCUUCAUCAUAGUCAGCAUCUCUCUUUUGGCAGAGAGAGGCCUUCACUCUGCUGGGAAGUACUUCAAGAAGAAGAACCAGAAUCCGCUGUAUGAGGCAUUGCUGAAAGUGAAGGAGGAGCUCAUGUUGUUGGGCUUUAUCUCUCUGCUACUGACUGUGUCCCAGAAAACCAUCACCAAAAUGUGCGUCAAAGAGUCAUUAUAUAAGUCGUGGCAGCCAUGCAGACCAGAUCCGGGUCCCCAUAAUAGGCCCAAAAACAGUACCCAUUUUGAGCUAGAAAGUAUUUCUGGGAAUUUAAGGAGGCUUCUGGCUGCUGGGGGUGAGGCUCAAGAGGGGUACUGUGCCCAAAAGGGUAAGGUACCAUUGUUAUCAGUUCAAGCUUUCCAUCAUCUGCAUAUCUUUAUAUUUGUCCUAGCCAUCGCUCAUGUGACCUUCUCUGCUAUGACUAUUUGUUUCGGUGGGCUAAAGAUACGCCAAUGGAAACAGUGGGAGGAGUUGGUUGCAAAAGAGAUUGAUGAUACAGAAUCUGCUAAACCAAAGGUCACCCAUGUUCAAGACCAUGAUUUUGUCAAAGAUCAUUAUUUGGGUAUUGGUAAAAAUUAUCGAAUCAAGGGUUGGAUACAUUCUUUUAAAAACCAAUUUUAUGGAUCUGUGACCAAAUCAGAUUAUUUGACUUUGCGUCUAGGCUUCAUCUCGACUCAUUGCAAGGAAAAUCCCAAGUUUGAUUUUCACGAUUACAUGGUGCGUGCGCUUGAAAAUGAUUUCAAAAAAGUUGUCGGUAUCAGUUGGUAUCUAUGGUUAUUCGUAGUCAUCUUUCUGCUGAUCAAUGUUGAUGGUUUGCAUGCAUACUUCUGGCUAGCGUUCAUCCCUUUCUUUCUUCUACUUGCUGUAGGAGCUAAGCUACAACAUAUAAUCACCCAGUUGGCUCAAGAAGUUGCUGAGAAACAUAUAGCAGUAGAAGGGGAUCUAAUAGUUCAACCAUCAGACGAACAUUUUUGGUUUAGUCGACCCAGACUUGUUAUCUCCUUGCUCCAUUUCAUUCUUUUCCAAAAUGCUUUCGAGAUGGCAUUUUUCAUUUGGAUAUGGCUUACAUAUGGUUUUGACUCUUGCAUAAUGGGGAGAAUCCGAUACAUUGUCCCCAGGAUUGUUAUAGGGUUGUUCAUUCAGAUCCUCUGUAGUUACAGCACUUUACCACUGUAUGCCAUUGUCACACAGAUGGGAUCCAAUUUCAAGCAAGCAAUAUUCAAUAACUCAAACAGCGGAGUGAAGGAACGCAAGUCUUAACGACAAUUGGGAAGAUCAACUGGGAAAAAGUUGAAUUUUGUUCACAGUGCUAGGGAUGUCUUCUUCUGAAAUACAUAUGUAUUUAGUAGAGUGAAAUAUAGCAGUAGUUGUCACCUUGAAAAUUCUACAUGGAGUUGGCACGAAGAACAGGUCGGUCAUUUUCACGUCUUUCGGGCCCAAAAUGUAGAAUUAUAUAUAUAUAUAUAUAUAUAUAUAUAUAUAUGUGUGUGUGUGUUCAAGGAUCAAGUAUUUGCUAUGCUCUAUAAUGCAAGUGUAAUUCCCUUAUAUGUAGAUUAAUUGAGAGUUCAAUCCUUCA